AUUUUGGAUCAUGACACACCACAAAAUAAAUAUGGGGCAAAAAUUUCUACAAGAUGAAAAUCUGAACAAUUUCACCUCUUACUACAUAAAAAGACAGAUCGUAACUAUUUGAAUCAUUGCAGGGGGUAAAAUCAGCUACUGUGUGUGAUGCCUGGAAAAUUAAAGGUCCGGGUACUGAGUGGGCGGGACUUACCAGUGAUGGACAGGUCUAGCGACUCAACUGAUGCAUUUGUUGAGGUUCGUUUUGGCACAACCACAUUCAAGACUGACGUCUGCCGCAAAUCAUUGAAUCCCAGCUGGAAUUCUGAAUGGUUCAGAUUUGAAGUAGAUGAUGAGGAUCUCCAAGAUGAACCCUUGCAAAUAAGGGUAAUGGACCAUGAUACCUACAGUGCACAUGACUUGAUAGGCACUGUCUAUGUGGAUCUUAACCCCCUCCUGACUAGGGACAAUGCUGCAUUAAUCAGUGGCUGGUUCCCUGUGUAUGAUACAAUGCAUGGCAUACGCGGGGAGAUUCACUUGAAGGUCAAGGUUGAUCUCUUCUCUGACUUCAACAAGUUUAGACAGUCGUCAUGUGGUGUCCAAUUUUUCUAUACAUGUGGAGUUCCCCAAGGCUAUGUACUACAAGCAAUCAGGGGUUUUGUGGAAGAGCUUGUGGUGAAUGAUGACCCGGAAUAUCAGUGGAUCGACAAGAUACGAUCACCGAGGACUUCAAAUGAGACGAGACAGAGACUCUUCUCUAAGCUAUCAGGAGAGUUACAGAGAAAAAUUGGCUUAAAAGUGAUGGAAAUGGGAGGAAAUUCUGUCAUUGGAUACAAGCAGUGUUUUGACUUGGAGGGUGAGUCUGGCAUAGUAGUCCGAGCCAUUGGAACGGCUGUUACAGUCUCCCGAUUUACAACGAGUUCAUCCCCGCACAGUGCAUCUCCCGUCAGAGACGUCCCUGUACCAGAGGAAUCUGCAGUCACAAAUUCUCCAUCUGUUACUAUGGCAACAUCUGCAACCUGUACCUCAGGAUCUAAAGCUCUGUCGAGUUCCCCAUCAAAGUCAGCCAAUAUUCUGUUGAGGCGUCUAUCUGACUCUGACAUAGGAACCCCACCUAAAGGAAGUAGUAUAGCUGGAAGUGGUGGCAGCGGAAGUGGGGGUGGGGGAAGUGGUGGCGGGGUAGCAACCCGCCCCUCACAAAUGAGAUCUCUCUUACAGCAGGGGAACCAUAGUAUUGAUAUCAUGGAGUACCCAUUCUUCACCAUGACUAGUUUCCCUCGUGGAUUCAUUGUACAUAUAGGUGGCGUUGUAUCAGCCCGAUCUGUGAAACUCUUGGAUAGGAUUCAUAAUCCAGAUGAGCCAGAAACUCGUGAUGCAUGGUGGACUGAGAUUCGGACAGAAAUCAGGUCGCAUGCUAGAGCUGUAGGGUGCCAUUCUGUUGUAGGGUAUAGUGAACAGACAAGUAUAUGCGAUGAAAUUAUUAUAUUAUCGGCAUCAGGAACUGCUGCCCUCGUUAACUUAAACUGUGACCCUGAAUCUGCCAUGCGACAAAAUCUAUUAACAUUAUCAUUGGAUCGACAACAGUUUGAAAAAGAAAAAGAGAAAGUUAAAGUUCAUGAAAAGCUGCAUGUCGAUGUUAAUCUAGCCAAUCAGAAUGCUAGUGAUAGGCAUAGAUAUCUAUCGGAGGAGUCUGAGGAUGAUGGGAUGACAUACUCCUGCCGCCUCUGUCACAUUCCUUACAAUGAAAACAGCGCCCCCUUUCCAGUCAAUUUCAGCAAGUGUGCAAUAUGUGGGAAAUCCAAAGUUCCAGAUGUUCUAUUCACUACCAUAGAGCCACCCAGAGAGCUGUGUGUUAUAGGAAAAGGCUGCCUUAUACAAGCAAGAAUAUGCAGAGUGAAGAAAGAACUGAAAGGAGAGACAAAUGCCAAAGAAAUAAGUGAUAAUCUUCCAUUCAUGGAGUAUGAGCUUCACAAACAGUUACUGAGUAAACUGAAGAUAAAAGGAAUGAACCUGUUGUUUGGCUUGAAGAUCCAGGUCACAGUUGGCGAAGAAUUACUGGUUGCCAUAGCAACUGCAACUGCAGUGUUUGCUGGGCCUUUACCUGCUCCAAUUGCCCCAAAGAUCACUGGGAAGGGUGUUGACCCUAAUGAAGACAAAAGGUUAGAACGAAUGCAGAAUAAUAUUCUAGAUGCAGUGAAUAGCAACAGAGACCUCUAUGGACUACAUGUACCUGAGAACAAUCAAGGAGAGCCCAGUCCUCACAGUGACUAUGUUAUUGAUGAAACAGAGGAAGAAUUGUCAGAUCUUGAUUUGUCUUCUGGGAACAAAGAUACAUUCAUCUUAGAGAUAGAUGACGCUGAGGAUGAGGCCGUUGUAUCAGUGUUACUAGACCCCCAGAUUCCAUCAGGCUUUGAUACAUGCAACACUCAGAUUGUACCUGGCUUUCCAAACCUUGCGUGUAAUCUUCAGAUGUUUACACGAGUCUGGAGAGGCAAACUCAGUGAUCUCAAUAAUAAGGAGUUUUCCGCACUGUUUGAACAUGUACUCAGGAGUAUAUUUUUUAAACUGCGAACAAUGGUGCCAUGCUACGUGACCAACUUAGAUUUUAAUGUUGAAUUGCCAGAAGAUGACAAAAUACAGGUGUCCGUUACAGCCAUGUGUGUGGGGCUAGGAGAACCAGUUAAUCUGCUAGUCGGCACACAAUCUAGUCCUGACAAAGCUAAUAGACAAGGUGAUCCUGAUGAGAUGAUGUUUCACAUGGAGGGCUUGGGCAGCUGUAUUGAUGGCUCUGGUACUAAACCUCUGCCCACUGUGACCACUGAGGGUAUGCCAAGCCAACAAUCCUCCUUCAAUUCAAGUAAAAGUGCCAAAUCAGAGAAAAAGAUUGAAUAUCACAUGUCCCCAAAGCACUACGAUGGUAUCGAUCUGACCCCCCUACCAUUUAUCCCUGGGGCACACAUAGAGCAUUACCUUGGCAACAUCAAUUUUUUCAUCAUUAGAGAAAGCACAUCCAUAAGAGAGAGUGGAGGUCUUAGUGGUUUCGUGCAGAGUUUCAUAACAGAGGUGAUGGCCAUAGCCCGUGCACAUGUCGCAGCCCUGGGGGGCAAUGCACUUGUGGGGUACAAGAUGACAGAAUGUGUCCUACUUGACAACCCACAUAAAAAUCAGGCCCAGUGUCUGCUGAAUGUCUGUGGUGAUGUAGUACAUGUGUUAUAUGACAGGGACAGGGAUCAAGAUGAUGCACGCACAGCAGUCCUCGUACGUCAGGACUCUAUCAUGGACAGUCCAAAUGUUAGGGAACAAAUUGACAUCAAUGCUUCUAGCUGAUACAGUUUAAAACUUUCAUUAGUCUUUGCAAAGUACAGUAGACUGUCGUUGGCCUAUCUAGGGGUGGACUGUUCAUUGUCAUGCAUAAUGUCUGAGAGAUUCUGAGAGCUCAGACUUUAAUUUCUUUAAAGGUUAUCUAAACAUACAUUUGCAGUAUUACUAAAUUGAAGCCCAUGAUAGUAUUUUAAAACAAAGCAUCAUGUCCCAUGUAUUACAAAUGGAAAGUUGUUCUUUGUUUUGUGUGCUCACAGGUAUGUGACUGAUAGUUUUUUUAGCAUCAAGAAAAUCUCAUGAUAGGCCUCAGGGUGAGGGUAUUGCAUGGCCAUGUGCUUAGACAACUACUUGCCUUGGCCUAUUUAAUAUAACUGAGCUUGUUGAGACCUUGUUGUAUUAAAUUCUUAUAAUGGACAUAACAAAGGAAGGACAAACUGAAAAUGGGAGCAAAUAAAUAAAAAUCAGAAUUUGAGUUGCCACAAUCUACAGUAUUUAUUGUUCCAUAUAAAUUGUAUCGUAAUUGCACUGAUGGUUUACAAUAUUUAUUGUACUGCUGUUGAAUAAAAUUGGUGCUGUAAGUAAUUGUCUAUAGAUAUAUGGAAAUAAAUUGACAAU